UUUGCCAUGGUUGUGAUCCAAAUAGAAAGUGGAAAAAUCAGGGGGAAAGUUGGGGUAGACGCCCGGGGGCGAAAGUUUUACAGUUUCCAGAACAUACCAUACGCUGCACCACCUUUAGGAGAAUUGCGUUUCAAAGCACCCCAGCCUGUGCGACCAUGGCAAGGCACAAAAACCUGCACCCAUGAAGGCAACGAAAGCGUCUCGCGACACCUGAUGACCAAAAAAUUCGUCGGUUGUGAGGACUGUCUAAAUUUAAACGUUUACACUCCCCAGUUGCCCAAAAACGGCAAACCUCUCCCGGUCAUGUUCUGGAUCCACGGCGGGAUUUUCAUGACCGGUUCGAACAAAAGCGAGCUUUACGGACCCGAAUUUCUAAUGGCCGAGGACGUGGUUCUGGUCACAAUCAACUACAGAUUGGGUAUUUUGGGUUUUUUGAGUCUGGACGACUCCUCGCUCGGUGUUCCCGGAAACGCCGGUUUUAAAGACAUGGUCAUGGCCCUAAAGUGGGUGCAAGGGAACAUCCACCACUUUUCGGGUGAUCCGGACAAUGUUACAGUUUUUGGCGAGAGUGCCGGAGCGGCAGCUGCACAUCUCUUGAUGUUGUCUCCGAUGACUAAAGGAUUGUUGCAUAAAGUCAUCGCACAAAGCGCGAGCGCCCUCAACAAUUGGGUUUUUAGCAAACGUUCGGCCAAAUUAAUCGCGAAAACUCUCGGUUUUUGCAGUAGUGAUGACCGGAAACUGGUCGAGUUUUUGCGAAAUGUGCCGGCACAAGAACUGUUAAAAGCCCAAAUUAGGAUUGACAGUAUUGACUUUUUGGAAAAUGAUUAUCGUUUUUUCGGAGCUGUUGUCGAGAGGCCUUCGGACGAAGAACCCUUUUUGAGCGAAAGACCACUCGAUAUUAUUUUGAAAGGAAACUAUAACCACGUCCCGCUCAUAAUAGGGUACAAUGCCAGGGAAGGCAUGGCUUUUGACAAUAUCAUACCGUUCAGAGCUAGAGAACCGUUUUUCAAAAACAUGGAACUGUCAGUACCGUUUUCCCUCAACGUGCAAAGAGGGAGCAAAAUUUCAAAAAACGUAGCCGACAAAAUCAAACGUUUCUAUUUCGGCAACAUUGAACAAAAUAGGGCGGAAAACGCCCUACAGUAUUACGACCUGGUUACAGAUACUUGUUUCUUGAGAGACAUUUACUUCGCGGUAAAAUACCAAGCAAGGACUUCAACCAAACCCAUCUACUUUUACAAAAUGACCCUAGAGACGGAUCUAAAUAUUUUCAAAAAGUUGGCAGGAGCGACAGCACCUGGUGUUUAUCACGGUGACGAUAUGGGUUACCUUUUCAAGACAGCGUUCACACCUGAAAUAGUCCCAGGAAGUGUAGAAAACAUUUCCCAAAAGAAAAUCACGAAAUUGUGGGCCAAUUUUGCCCGCUGUGGUGACCCCACACCUGAGUGGAAACCGGUAGAAGUGGACAAAAUAAAUUAUCUAGAAAUUGGGACAGAGAUGAGGAUGAAAGUCAAUCCAGAACCAGAACGAAUGGCCUUUUGGGAUGAAGUAUUUAAAAUUAAUCCGAUGCUUUCAAAGCUUUAAUUAAAUUACUUAAUAAAGAUUUUUAAGAGAA